UAUCACUCGUAUAACAUGUCACUACCGGGCUUCCGUACUUUUCCUUGCGUAUGACUAUAUUUUUGUUACUCGUUGUUUCUAUUGUGUAAAAACUUGUGUACUCGUACAUAUAUAAUUAAUGACAAAUAUAUUUAUAGAGAAUCUCGGUCUUACAAAAUUCAAACUGUUUAUUAACAUUCAAUUAACAAUUAUUAAAUUCUAUUUAAACAUUGAAUGUUAUGGCUUCGAUUGUUUUAAAAUCAUUAUCAAUCCUUUUGGGAAUAUUUUUCGUUUUUGUUGGAACUCUCAAAAUUACAUCUUAUCUUAGCAAGGAUCUUCACAAAGAUCUUCGAAAAGAAUACGUUAAAUAUGCCAAAGUAUUUCCAUUCGCUGAGCUACUUAAUUUCAAAGUACCAAGUAAAUGGUACAGAAGGGUGGUUGGAUCAUUAGAAAUCAUCUGUGGUUUUACUAUGGCCAUUGUCCCCAACCGAAAAAUCAAGAAUACGUCUAAUGUCAUUUUGCUGUGCCUGAUGUUAAUGGCUGUUUAUUCACAUCAUCGGCUUGACGACAAACUGGAGAGAACUGCGCCGGCACUGGUAUUUUUAUUCAUGUUGACCGGCAGAUUAGUUAUCGACUCACAGCUUAGCGAUCAAUCAAAAGAAAUCGCUACAGUUAAUGGAAUGGAUGAAAAAAUUAAAAAGCAAGAGUAAAAUAUUCAAUUCCAAAUAUUACUAUUCAUAAUGAAUAUGAAUAAUGGAAUAAAAUUUCGUUUAUAUAUUUAGACGAUCUUUAAAUCAAUGAGUACUGAAGAUAUAAUUUUAGAAAUAAAUUUAAUACUUUGUAAUUUUUCUUAACAUGUAAUUACCAUUGUUACAUUAUUUAUUAACUUCAAAAAUAGUGAAUAUGUCUAUAAUAGUAUAGAAAUUUGAAUCAUUGACGAUGGAAACAAAUACAUUCUUGCUGACUCUGGUUGAAUUCUAUAAAUCUAUGGAUUCGGUCCUGAUUCAUUCCAACGUCAGUAGUAUUGACUUUAAUUCUGUCAAUAUAAUGAAUAUAGAGAAUGUUAUUUGAUAAGAAUAAAAAUAAUAUUAUUGAUUUAAUUAGUCAAAAAAGUAUUCAUGAUCAAUCAAGUACAAAAUUCAGUUAAAUUAUGUAAAAAUUAACUAAAAAAUGUUUUUCACAAAUUAAUUGCCAAAGCUGAUUCCAAAGGUGUAAAAAAUAGAAAUAAAGCGUUUUACAACAGUCAAA